CGUUAAACAUGUUUGCAAACCGAUUCGUUUCCAAGCUACCCCUUCGAGCAUACUACUCUACAUCUACAAAAUAUGCGCAUCUGUCAGCGCGAAAGCAGUCAUUUAUUCCUACCAGUGGCACGUAUCCAGCAGGUUUCAAUGCCACGGGUAUUCACUGUGGUGUCAAGAAAAAGCCUGAGAUCAAAGAUUUGGCCCUGAUUCUAUCCGAUAGACCAUGCAGUGCUGCAGCUGUAUUUACAACCAACGCUUUCCAAGCCGCACCGGUUCUUGUUUCGCGUGAGGUUUUGCAACAGAAGAAUGGCGAGAAUGUAUUCGGUGUUGUAACCAAUUCCGGUUGUGCCAAUGCCGUGACGGGAGCCAAUGGCCUUGAGAAUGCGAAGCGCAUGAGCAAGGCUGUCGACGCCUUUACUGGAGUUGAGCAAUCGUCUUUGGUCAUGUCAACAGGUGUCAUUGGCCAGCAACUACCUAUCGAGAAGAUCGAAAAAGGUGUUACUAAAGCGCACUCGACCCUUGGAAACAGCCACCAAUCUUGGAUGGAUGCAGCUGAAGCGUUCAUGACAACCGAUACUUUCCCUAAACUUCUCUCAGGAAAGUUUAGCUUGUCCUCAGGUUCAGAAUACACUAUGGCUGGCAUCACCAAAGGUGCCGGCAUGAUCCACCCCAACAUGGCCACUCUGCUUGGCUUCGUGGUCACCGAUGUUAAUAUUGAUGCUCCGUUGUUGAAGAAAGCCCUUCAACACGCUAUUGACCGAAGCUUCAAUUCCAUCUCAGUGGACGGCGAUAUGAGCACCAAUGAUACAAUUGCUGUUUUGGCCAAUGGCGCCAACAACGCUCCUAAGAUUGUUGAUGAAACUUCGCAAGAUUACGUCGAUUUCCGAUCAAAGCUCACUGAUUUCGCUGCCGAGCUUGCUCAGCUGGUUGUUCGUGAUGGUGAAGGUGCUACCAAGUUUGUUACCAUCAAUGUUAAGGGCGCCUCAACAUUUGAGUCAGCAAAGAAGGCUGCAUCACAUAUCUCUACCUCCAUGUUGGUAAAGACCGCCUUGUUUGGUCAAGAUGCUAACUGGGGCCGUAUUUGCGCUAGUUUGGGUCACAGCGGUAUUGAAGUGGACCCCUCUAAAGUCAGCGUAGCCUUUGUUCCGGCCGACGGCUCUCCCAAAUUGGACCUUAUGAUCUCGGGAGAACCCGAAAAUGUUAACGAGGAGCGCGCAGCGGAAAUCUUGAAAAUGGAAGAUCUCAAUAUUGAAGUGGAUCUGAGCCUUGGAAAAGAAUCAGCAAAAUUCUGGACAUGCGAUCUUAGUUACGAGUAUGUUAGCAUUAACGCCGAUUACCGAUCGUAAACCGUAGUUUUCGCUUAUUGCAGCUAGAUGCAAUUGUUCAUAAAAUGAAAAUAGAUGUGGCAUUGACUAAAAGGCACUCUGAACUAAAAAUGCUAAGACUUAAUUACGAUUACAUGGUAUAAUAGAGACAGGCC